GACUACAUCUGUCUGUGCCGGCCGGGCUGGGAGGGCAAAGACUGUGACAUAGCUAGUGACACAUGUGCAUCCAAUCCCUGUAUGAAUGGUGCUACUUGCGUCAAUAACCAAACGUCCUACACUUGUCAGUGUGUGGAAGGCUGGACAGGCCAGAAUUGCCACAUUCGGAACUUGACCUGUGAGAGUCAACCGUGCCAGAAUGGUGGGCAAUGUUUUGAGUUUUCCAACGGUGUAGGUUUCAUCUGCGUGUGCCUGGCUGGUUGGACGGGAACAACGUGCGACGUUGCUUUGGAUUUCUGCACGUCAGAACCUUGCUUGAAUGGCGCGACGUGCUUUAAUGGGCAGGUGUCGUACGCUUGUCAGUGUGCGGCAGGUUGGACCGGACAGAACUGUGAAGUUCCCGUCAAUCUGUGUGUCCCUGAUCCUUGUCAGAACGGAGCAACAUGCUUUAAUGGGGAAACAUCCUUUUUUUGUCAGUGUGUAGCAGGUUGGACUGGACAGAACUGUGAAGUACCUAUCAAUCUUUGUGUUCCUGAUCCUUGUCAGAAUGGAGCGACAUGCACCAACCAGCAGACGUCCUAUACUUGUCAGUGUGUAGCAGGUUGGACUGGACAGAACUGUGAAAUCCGUAUCUUGACUUGCGUCAGUCAGCCAUGUCAGAAUGGAGCCACAUGCAUGGAAGGGUCGGGUGCCGUGGUGGGAUACAUUUGCCUCUGCAUGGCUGGUUGGACUGGCCCGGACUGUGGAACAGCCAUUGACGUCUGCGCAUCUGUUCCUUGUCAGAACGGAGCCACUUGCAUGAAUCAGCAAACAUCCUAUACAUGUCAAUGUACAGCUGCAUGGACUGGUCUGAGCUGCGAAACUCCCGUUGACGCUUGCGUGUCCAACCCAUGCCUGAAUGGAGCAACGUGCAACAAUGGACAGACCUUUUACACAUGCCAGUGUGCUGACGGUUGGACAGGACCGAACUGUGAAAUUGUCAUCAAUGCCUGCGAUUCAAACCCGUGCCUGAAUGGAGCAGUGUGCAUCAACGAGCAGACAUCCUACAGAUGUGCGUGCCUGACGGGUUGGACUGGUCUAAGAUGCGAAACUGCCGUCGACGUUUGCGUGUCGAACCCAUGCCUGAACGGAGCCACGUGCACUAACCGACAGACGUCUUACACCUGCCAAUGUUUGCCUGAGUGGACGGGAGCAAACUGUGAAACUGCUGUCAAUGCCUGCAUGUCUAAUCCUUGCCUAAAUGGAGGCACCUGCUCGGGGAACCAGACUUCCUAUUCCUGUAUGUGCAGGGAAGGCUACAGCGGGGAUACCUGCCAAACUCAAACUCUGGCCUGUGCCAGCAACCCUUGCAAGAACGGCGGCAUGUGCAGCGAAGACCCCAACAUGUUUGCCUACAUUUGCAGCUGCGUCAACGGCUGGACUGGGGCGACUUGCGAGAUUUUCCCCAAUGCCUGCGCGUCGUCACCCUGCCUCAACGGAGGGAUGUGCACGGCCAGUGCCGCCGCCUACCAGUGUAACUGCCUGACUGGUUGGACUGGCAACCGAUGUGAGACAGCUUCAAGUGCUUGCUUGUCUGAUCCUUGUAAGAAUGGAGGCACUUGCCAGGACACCAGUCAAGGUGCCUAUGAGUGUACAUGCACAGUGCAGUGGACCGGCACCACCUGUGAAACUGCCAAGGAUGCAUGUAUUGGAGACCCCUGCAAGAACAAUGCAACUUGCUUGAACCAGUUUGACUUUUUCCUGUGCCAGUGCCCACCUGGCUACACCGGUAACGACUGCGGGCUGGACAUCAAUGAAUGCGGGAGCACUCCUUGCCUGAAUGGAGGAACUUGCAUCAACCUGCCGAAUGGAUACAGUUGUAUAUGUGUACCAGGCUGGACAGGCCCCAUGUGUACCCAGGAUGUGGAUGAAUGUCAGAGUAAUCCUUGUGCUAACGGGGCGACUUGUAACAACCUCAUGAAUAGCUACCAGUGUGUAUGCCAGGAAGGCUUCACAGGACCACAGUGUCGGACAGAAAUUGAUUACUGCGUCACCAGCUCCUGUCAGAACGGUGCAACGUGUAUCAACCUGCCCACUCAGUAUGUGUGUCAGUGUGUCCCUGGCUUUAAUGGCACCAACUGUGAUAACGACAUUAACGAGUGUGACACCACCGUCUGUCUAAAUGGAGGUUUAUGCAUAGACUUGCUGAAUGGCUACAGAUGUGAAUGCCCGGUGUCACACAGUGGAGACAACUGUGAGAUAGAACUCAAUCCAUGCAUUUCCAACCCUUGCCAGAACGGAGCAACCUGCAAUAAUAUGUUUACCAUCUACACCUGUAGCUGUCCCAUUGGAUUCACAGGAAUACACUGUGAAGUUGACAUCAAUGAAUGUGCCAGCAGUCCGUGUCAGAACAAUGCAACAUGUGUGGAUGAAAUUGGCUCCUUCAAUUGCACCUGUGCCCCAGGCUGGAUGGGCGUAACCUGCAACAUAGAGGUGAACGAGUGUAACAGCUCGCCCUGCAAUAACGGAGGCACCUGCUUGGACGUGCUGAAUGCCUACAGCUGUAUGUGUUCACUCGGAUGGCAGGGACCAACUUGUGACAUUGAAAUCAAUGAGUGUGCCAGCAGUCCUUGCAUGAAUGGUGCAACCUGUCAGGACAGGAUAGGUUUUUAUCAAUGUCAGUGUGCGCUGGGCUACGGUGGAACACGCUGUGAAAUUGAGAUCAACGAGUGUUUUAGUUCUCCCUGUGUUAAUGGAGGGUUGUGCCAGGAUCUGAUUGGUGCUUUCCGGUGUGACUGUCAAGCAGGUUAUGAGGGCGUACGUUGUGAAAUAAAUAUUAACGAAUGUAGAAGUCAGCCUUGUGCUAACGGAGGAGUCUGCACUGAUUUGAUCAAUGGUUACCAGUGCCAAUGUGUUCCUGGCUUCACCGGUACCAACUGUGAAACAGGGGUUUUUGAGUGUAUGAGUCAGCCAUGCCUUAAUGGAGGGGUUUGCAUCGACUUGACGAAUGCCUACAGUUGCCAAUGUGUCCCUGGCUACACUGGUACCCACUGUGAACAGAAUGAGAAUGACUGUAGGUUUCAUUUGUGUCAGAAUGGAGCCGCCUGCGUGGACUUGGUCAAUAGUUACCGCUGUGCAUGCCUUCCAGGUUUUGAGGGCGUCUUCUGUCAAGACUCCAUUUUGGAGUGCAUCAGCCUCCCCUGCCAGAAUGGAGCAAUGUGCAUCGAUUUGGUAAAUGGCUACCAGUGUCAGUGUCUACCAGGGUACACGGGAGACUUGUGCGAAAUAGAUAUUGACGAGUGCGCCUCCAGUCCUUGUUUGAAUGGAGCAACCUGUCUGGAUCUAGUCAACAGUUUCCAGUGUAUGUGUCCAAUGGGAUACACAGGGACCUUGUGUGGCACAGAUGUCAUCGAAUGCGGUAGCUUCCCCUGUAUGAAUGGAGCAACUUGUCUUGAGAUGGUGAAUGGAUACCAGUGCCAGUGUUCUGCUGGAUUCACGGGAGAAAGUUGUCAAACAGACAUCGAUAGCUGUGUGUCUCAUGCCUGUGAGAAUGGAGCAUCUUGUGUUGAUCUGACCAAUGGCUACAGGUGUAACUGUGCUCCGGGCUACGAAGGAAUUUUCUGCCAAGAUAUGAUCACGGAGUGUGCCAGCAAUCCUUGUAUUAAUGGAGGUACCUGUGUGGACCUAGUGGCUGACUACCGCUGUGAUUGUGUUCCUGGAUUCACCGGCAAAGACUGUGAAAUAGACAUUGAUGAGUGUGCUAACUCCCCCUGCUUGAAUGGAGCAUUCUGUGUGAAUCUCGUCAACAGUUUCCAGUGUGUGUGUCAGACAGGAUACACUGGGACCUUGUGUGGCACAGAUAUUGCUGAAUGCAUCAGCUUCCCUUGUAUGAAUGGAGCAACUUGUCUUGAGAUGGUGAAUGGAUACCAGUGCCAGUGUGCUGCUGGAUUCACAGGAACUCAUUGUGAAACAGACAUCAAUGGCUGUGUGUCGCAUUCCUGUGAGAAUGGAGCCACUUGUGUUGAUCUGACCAAUGGCUACAGAUGUGACUGUGCUCCAGGCUACCAAGGAAUCUUCUGCCAAGAUUUGAUCAUGGAGUGUGCCAGCAAUCCCUGUAUUAACGGAGGUACCUGUGUGGACCUAGUGGCUGACUACCGCUGUGAUUGUGUUCCUGGAUACACCGGCAAAGACUGUGAAACAGAUAUCGAUGAGUGUGCUACUCUUCCUUGUUUAAAUGGCGCAACCUGUCUGGAUCUAGUCAACAGUUUCCAGUGUGUGUGUCCAAUGGGAUAUACAGGGACCUUGUGUGGCACAGAUGUGAUAGAAUGUGGCAGCUUCCCUUGUAUGAAUGGAGCAACUUGUCUUGAGAUGGUGAAUGGAUAUCAAUGUCAGUGUGCUGCUGGAUUCACAGGAGAGAGUUGUCAAACAGACAUCGACAGCUGUGUGUCUCAUGCCUGUGAGAAUGGAGCCACUUGUGUUGAUCUGACCAAUGGCUACAGAUGUGACUGUGCUCCAGGCUACCAAGGAAUCUUCUGCCAAGAGUUGAUCAUGGAGUGUGCUAGUAAUCCUUGUAUUAACGGAGCUACCUGUGUGGACCUAGUGGCUGACUACCGCUGUGAUUGUGCUCCUGGAUUCACUGGCAAAGACUGUGAAACAGAUAUUGAUGAAUGUGCAAACACACCUUGUUUGAAUGGAGCAACCUGUCUGGAUCUAGUCAACAGUUUCCAGUGUGUGUGUCCAAUGGGAUACACAGGGACCUUGUGUGGCACAGAUGUCUUAGAAUGUGGCAGCUUCCCUUGUAUGAAUGGAGCAACUUGUCUUGAGAUGGUCAAUGGAUACCAGUGCCAGUGUGCUGCUGGAUUCACGGGAGAGAGUUGUCAAACAGAUAUCGAUGAAUGCUCCAGCACUCCAUGCUUGAACGGGGCAACGUGCAUGGAUUUGGUGAAUGCGUACCAGUGCAGAUGUGUCGCUGGAUACACUGGCAUUCGAUGUGAUACACAGAUUGACGAGUGCGAUGCUAACCCGUGCCAGAACGGAGCUUCCUGCACUGACCUCCUUGCAGGCUACGUGUGCGUGUGUCUGCCAGGCUGGAAUGGAAUCCACUGUGAAGAUGAAAUUGACCCUUGUGGUAGCAUGCCGUGUCUGAACGGAGCUGCUUGUCUCAACGAAUUGAAUGGAUACAGAUGUCAGUGUGCUAUCGGAUUCACAGGCGCUACCUGUGAAACAGAAAUUGACUACUGUAUGAACCAUAUCUGCAUGAAUGGCGCCGUCUGCAUAUCGCAGCUAGGAGGUUACAGGUGUCAGUGCCCACCUCUGUUUACUGGCGUCUUCUGUGAGACAGCCAUCUUUGACUGUUCCUUGGGUCUGUGCCAGAACGGAGCAACCUGCAUUGACGUACCGGGCAGUUUUACUUGCCAGUGCCCGGCAGGGUUUGAGGGAGACCGCUGCCAGACCGCACAAGUCGACCCGUGUGACUCCUCUCCCUGUUUGAAUGGUGCUACUUGCGAGAACAAUCAAUUCCAAUCUUUCACCUGUACCUGUGCGCCUGGAUACAUCGGUCUCAAUUGCGAGAUUCACGUUCCCUGCUCGAGUUUCCCGUGCCAAAAUGGAGGGAGUUGCAUGGAGGUAGGAGCAGCUUACCAAUGCCAGUGUGCAGAAGGGUAUCUGGGAACCAACUGUGACCAAGUAAUGGACAACUGUGCUAACCAUGGGUGCAUGAAUGGAGCAACAUGUGUAUCCUUCCCAGGGGGAUAUCGGUGUGAAUGCCCAGCAGAAUUCACUGGCAUCUUGUGUGAAACCUCCUUAGUCAACUGUACGAACAACCCAUGUCUGAAUGGAGCCACAUGCAUCGAUGUGCCAACUGGUUUCCAGUGCCAGUGCACGAAUGCGUGGCAAGGGUUACGCUGCCAAACAGAACGUCCUGAUGUUUGCUUGUCAUCUCCCUGUCGCAACGGAGCCACAUGCACCAACUUUUACGACUUUUACACCUGUGCAUGCCCAACUGGCUUCUCUGGAAAUGACUGUGAAGUGUAUGUUGGUUGUGCUAGCAACCCUUGUCAGAAUGGUGCGUCCUGUGUUCAACUGUCAGAUCGCUACCAAUGUACCUGCCUUCCUGGUUAUGUUGGCAUCCAUUGUGAACAAGAUGUAGACGACUGCUCAAGCAAUCCGUGCCUGAACGGUGCAACGUGCAUGGAUUUGGUGAACGCAUACCAAUGCCAAUGUGUUGUUGGAUACACCGGUGUCCGUUGUGAAACAGAACGUCCGGAUGUUUGCUUGUCAUCUCCGUGUCGUAAUGGAGCCACGUGCACCAAUUUUUUUGACUUUUACACCUGCGCUUGCACGACUGGCUUCUCUGGCAACAAUUGUGGAGUGUACGUUGGUUGUGCUAGCAACCCUUGUCAGAAUGGUGCGUCCUGCGUUCAACUGUCAGAUCGCUACCAAUGUACCUGCCCACUUGGUUUUACGGGGUCGCACUGCGAACAAGAGGUAGACAUGUGUGCUCCCAACCCUUGUCGGAACGGUGCCGUGUGCACCAACCUGGGCGUUGGCUAUGAGUGUGCCUGUACGUCGGGAUGGACCGGCACUAACUGUGACCAGGUCAUUAAUGCCUGUGAGCCAAAUCCAUGCCAGAAUGGAGCGACUUGUAACAACCUGGUGACCCAGUACACGUGUCUCUGCCCAGCCGGAUGGACAGGUGUCAACUGUGAAACAGAGAUGCAAGCGUGCCUGUCCAUGCCGUGUCAGAAUGCAGGCACAUGCAACGAGUUCUUCAACUUCUACACCUGCUCCUGUCCACAAGGCUUUAUUGGAACCAACUGCGAACAGGAACUCGACGCCUGUGCUUCCAAUCCAUGCAUCAAUGAUGGAACUUGUCAGAACUUCCGGUUUUUCUACCAGUGCAUUUGCCCUCCGGAAUGGGAAGGGCUAAACUGCCAAGCACGUGUCCGUUUCUGUGAUGCCAACCCAUGUUGGAAUAAUGCAGCAUGCGUUGAGACACUGAAUGGAUUUCUGUGUAUCUGUCAAGCGGGGUUCACAGGAGAUCUGUGCAAAUUAGAGGUGGAUGUUUGCUCCAGUAAUCCGUGCAUGAAUGGAGCCACUUGUAACAACUUACGUACCAGCUACACCUGUGACUGUGCUCCUGGUUGGACAGGAACCCUCUGUGAUCUGGACUUUGAUGAGUGUAGCAGCAAUCCUUGCGUCAACGGUGGCACCUGCAUCAACCUGUUCGACUCUUUCCAGUGCAACUGUCCAGCAGCCUUCACUGGCGAGUUCUGCAGCACAAAUGUUGCUUGUCCUCUUGUUUGUGAAAAUGGUGGGACAUGUACCAGUAGAGGUGAUGUCGCCUCCUGUAUGUGUCGUCCCGGUUGGACAGGGGAGCUUUGUCAAAUUGAUUUUGAUGAAUGCAGCAGCAAUCCUUGCAAUAAUGGAGGCACCUGCAAUGAUCUCUUGAAUGGAUACAUUUGCUUUUGCUCUCCUGGCUACGGCGGCGCUCGCUGUGAAUUACUGUCUGAUGCUUGUAGCAGCAAUCCUUGCAUCAACGGUGGAACCUGCAUCCCUCAAGUUGGUAGCUUUCUGUGUCAGUGUCUUGAGGGGUACUACGGCUUACGGUGUGAAGCGAUCAACACAUGCGUCAGGAAUAUCACGCUGGCGCCUGGCGGCACUACUGAGAUUAUGUCACCCAACUACCCGGACGCGUACGAUGACCGACGGUUCUGCCAGUGGCUCAUCGUGGCCGCCGACGGCCGCCAGAUGCGGCUCAUCUUCCGGGACUUCUACACAGAGCAGGACUUUGACUGGUUCGAGGCCGGCAAUGGCCUGAACCCUGACGACGAGAACUCCCUUGUGUUGCGAGCCUCGGGCGACGUCAUCCCGGCCAACUUUGUUUCGUCAGGCAGCCAGAUGUGGGUGAGGUUCACCACAGACAUCCGGCGGAGUUUCCGUGGGUUCCUGGUGGAGAUCAUCGAUAACGUCCUAGCAGUCGGAUGUCGCGGCGAGCCCUGCCUGCAUGGAUCCACAUGUGUUGAGACUCAGAAUCAGUUGGGAGACUACCGGUGCUUCUGUGCUUUUGGCUGGUACGGUGACAAUUGCCAACUGGCAUUGCAGCCAGGCACGGAUCCCUGUAUGUACAGCCAGUGUGAGAACGGUGGCAUCUGUAGAGCAAGUGGGACAGCGUACACCUGCACUUGUCCAGUCGGCUACCAGGGACAAUUCUGUCAAACAGCGUCCGUGAACCCAUGCCUGGUCAGCAAUCCCUGUAGGAAUGGAGGGACUUGCUCCUACCUGGGCAGUCAGUACUCCUGCGAAUGUGUCCCAGGAUUCACUGGACUUUUUUGUGAGACAGAUAUUGAUGAAUGCGCCAGUGGGCCAUGUAAAAACGAUGGUACCUGCGUCCAGAUGGUCAACCAGUACUUUUGCAAUUGUCCAGCCGGCAUUACUGGGAUCAACUGUGAUAACGUGCCACCCGAUCCUUGUAGUUUCUCACCCUGUAGAAAUGGUGGUACUUGCAUGAAGCUGGAUGUAACGACAUUUGAAUGCAAAUGCCCCAGUGGAUUUAUAGGAGCCUUCUGUGACACAGAAAUUGCUUGCCAUAGCAAUCCGUGUGUGAACGGCCUGUGUAAUGAAGUCGGAGGUGGCAAUUAUGAGUGUGUCUGUCCGCCAGGAUUCACAGGAGUAAACUGCGAAAGUGAUGUAAUGACGUGUGCGGACAACCCGUGUGACAAUGGCGUUUGCCAGACUACUGGAGCUGCUUCCUUCCAAUGUAACUGCUUUGCAGGAUGGGAAGGCCGAUUCUGUCAUAUGGAUAUUGACGAGUGCAAGUCCAAGCCGUGUAAGAAUUCAGCCCUGUGCAUCAAUCAGGUCAACCAGUACAGGUGUAUCUGCAACGGGGGCUUCUCUGGCAAAAACUGUGACGUUGCACCAGGCGCUUUGGGUUCGACAGCCAGUCCCUCUACCAGCAACCUCCUGGUGGAUCCCAUGUGGAUUGCAAUCAUGGCCGGCCUGGGCUUUCUCAUCAUUGUCUUCCUGGUGCUCCUGUGCUGCAUCUGGGGGCGGAGUCAAAGCCAGCUGGAGCCCAAGUUUGGGAAGGCGUGAGUGCUUGUUUCUCUUGGCAGUAUAUAUCACCGCAACAAUUAUUAAUUAAUUAAUCAUCUGACACACGACCUUUGUACCAGCCCUUUUCUUGUACUUCCCUUUAUUUUCUGUAAAUUUAUCACAGCUUGAUUUGAACAUCAUCCUUUAUUAUUUGUUAGUUCCAAUCUUUUAUAUUGUAAAGUCAGGACAGUGAAAUUGCCAUUUUUUUUCGGGAAGAAAAACUUUGUAGGUUUCUAGUGGUAAAUAUAUUUUACAGUUCAGAAAUUGAAAUAUUACCAAAAGUACUAUUAUUUUGUUAAAGCACAAUCUUGUAUUCCAAGAAUAUCUUACUAUUUGUGUAUAAUAUGCAUUCAUUUUUUAAACAAGUCAAGGGUAUCGUUUUUAUUUAAUGUACUUAAUGUUUUUACUGUAUAGUCCACAUGUAGAACAUUUAAUUUGCCAAACGAGUGUUUCAGUCGAGACCCCACAAGACUAAGAUGUGACGUCUAGUGUGAAUUCAAUUCACAAGCUGAAUAACCCUGAAUGAAUAGCAACUACAGCA